AUGGCCUCUACAUCGCCUCAACCAAACUUAGAGGAGUACUCCGCUUCAUCAACGACCGUCAAAUUCGAUCAACCUAUACCCAUACUCCGCGGGCCCAUCCCCGCCGCCCCACGCGACGAUCCUUCUCACGGCCCCUACCUCCUCGCAUUCAGGAGUCCCAAAUCCUGGGCCGCCGCCUACCGGUCCUGCGAAUCCAAAAUUCUCUCGCAAUGCGAAGAGGGCGCGAGGAUCGGGUGCGCCAUCAACGCCUCCAACAAGUGCAAGCCUCCGUGGUGGCGGAAUCUGAUAGGCGGUGCGAAACCCGCGGAUUUGAAAGGGAGAGAAGAGUGUGAGGUCCAUGAAAUGGAGGCUUGUUUGGUUGUUGCUAAGGAGAAGUGUGUGGGGCUUGCUAAGGAGAAGUUGUUGAAGCCGUUUGGGGAGGCGAGAAUCGCAGGGAGAGUGAGUGCCAAGGAGGUUGAGAAGUUGGUUUGUUUGGCGUCGUUGCCGGAGAGGUGUACGUGGCGAGAGUUGAUUGGGCUAGACCGGUUGGGUUCACGGUUUUUGGGUGAUUUUGAAUCUGGAGUGACGUGUUACCGGGCAAGUGAGUUACUCGGCUCUGAUGCUAAUUACGAACGCUUCUUAACGUAAUGCUAAGGUAUGAUUAAUUUAACGUGUCAAUUUUUGGAGAAUUUUAUUGUUAGAUAAUGAUGAUAGAGCUUAUUGAAUGAGAUUUACAUGCGUUUAGAGUAGAUAGAUGCUUGAAUUAUGAAAUCUUAACGACUAAGAAUUGAUUAUGUAGAGGCUUUUAGUCCCGGGUGAAACUACAGUUCAAGUUUUUUUUAGUGCA